AGAGAGAGAGUUGAAACUUGAAACUCAUAUGAAAAGCCUCUAUUGAAUUCCACCAUCUGUCUCUCUCUGUUCAAACCUCAGUUUACGCGUUAGACCAAAAAGGUACAAAAUCUCAAAAAAUCAAAAUAUAUAUUCAUUGAAAGAAAAACAAAAAGACCAAUAGUCACCACCACAUACGACCCAAUCAGAGAGGAAGAUGAGCCGAUCCAUCUCCAUCUCCUUCUUCUCCUCCAUCUUCUUCCUCUACCUCGCCUCCGUCACUUCCGAUCUCGACUCCGACCGUCGAGCUUUACUCAUUCUCCGCACCAGCGUCCGCGGCCGUACUCUCCUAUGGAACACAACCGCCUCCUCUCCCUGCGACUGGCACGGAGUCCACUGCGACGCGGGUCGGGUCACCGCCCUCCGGUUACCCGGAACUGGUCUGCUCGGCUCUUUACCUCCCGGAGGAAUCGGGAACUUGACUCAGCUCCAGACGCUCUCCCUCCGGUUCAACUCCCUCUCCGGUCCGAUCCCUUCGGACUUCUCCGGCCUCGUCCUCCUCCGUUACCUUUACCUCCAAGGCAACGCCUUCUCCGGGGAGGUGCCUUCUUAUCUCUUCGCGCUUCCGAAUCUGAUCAGGAUCAAUCUCGGGGAGAAUCGUCUCUCCGGUCGGAUCCCGGGGAAUGUGAACUCCGCGGCUCGGUUGGUUACGCUCUACUUGGAGAGGAACCAGCUCUCGGGUUCGAUCCCUCAGAUCACCAUCGCGCUUCAGCAGUUUAAUGUUUCUUCUAAUCGGUUAAACGGUUCGAUUCCUGAUUCGUUGUCGGGCUUUCCCGUAACCGCUUUCCAAGGGAACACUCUCUGUGGAAAGCCGUUGAGCCCUUGCCAAGGCGUAAGCCCUACCUCUCCUCCUUCUCCGCCGUCUCCGUCGGGGAAGAAAGAUAGCGAUAAGCUAUCAACCGGAGCUAUCGUCGGAAUCGUGAUCGGAUGUGUUGUCGGAUUAUUGUUACUUCUCUUGCUUCUGUUCUGUCUCUGUAGAAAGAGAAAGACGGAAGAGAAUAAUGCCCCGCCGCCGAGAAACGUCGAAGCUCCCGUCGUCGUCGCCGCCGCUGUACCUAAGGAAACGGCGGCAAACGUUCCCUCUCCGGCGGCGGGGAGCAGCGGCGCGGUGAGUAAAGAGUUGAUCUUUUUCGUGAAGUCUUUCGGGGAAUUCGAUAUGGAUGGGUUGCUAAAGGCUUCGGCUGAGGUUCUUGGGAAAGGAACCGUUGGGUCUUCGUACAAGGCGAGCUUUGAUCAUGGACUAGUGGUGGCUGUGAAACGGUUGAGAGACGUUGUUGUUCCUGAGAAAGACUUUAGAGAGAGGUUGGAGGUCUUGGGAUCGAUGAGUCAUCCCAAUCUAGUGACUCUGAUUGCUUACUAUUUUAGUCGCGACGAGAAGCUUCUUGUCUUUGAGUACAUGUCUAGAGGAAGCUUGUCUGCUCUCUUGCACGGGAACAAAGGAAACGGGAGGACUCCGUUGAACUGGGAGACCAGAGCCGGUAUAGCAUUAGGAGCUGCGAGAGCGAUUAGUUACUUGCAUUCGCGCGAUUCGACGACUUCUCAUGGAAACAUUAAGUCGUCGAACAUACUAUUGUCUAAUUCCUAUGAAGCUAAGGUCUCUGAUUACGGUCUAGCGCCUAUUAUCAGCUCCACAUCUGCGCCUAACCGUAUAGAUGGCUACCGUGCGCCUGAAGUCACCGAUGCGCGCAAAAUCUCCCAGAAAGCUGAUGUUUACAGCUUUGGUGUUUUAAUACUCGAGCUACUAACAGGGAAGUCUCCAACACAUCAGCAACUGAACGAAGAAGGUGUAGAUUUGCCAAGAUGGGUCCAGUCCAUUACCGAACAACAAUCACCUUCUGUUGUGUUUGAUCCAGAGCUCACAAGGUACGAAUCCGAGGGCAAUGAGAACAUUAUCCGGCUCUUAAAGAUCGGUAUGAGCUGUACGGCUCAGUAUCCUGAUAGUCGUCCUACCAUGGCCGAUGUAACCAGACUCAUCGAGGAGGUCUCGCAUUCAUCAUCAGGCUCUCCAAACCCGGUUUCUGACUGAUCGAGUUCAAAUUGUCUGGGGCUAAAUUGAUCGAGUUCAAAUUGUUUGGGGCUAAAUUGCAAUUUCUUGAAUAGUUUAUACGCAUUUCCCCCGCCUUUUUAUUUUCUUUUUUGUACGUGUUCUAGCGUGUUCGUUAAUUACUGAGCCUCAAAUUGAGAUAUGAGACUUUGCAGAUUUUUUUUCUUUUAUAUUUUUCAUAAUUUUAAAAAAUGUUCAUAAAAUUAUUUGCUCAAGCCAUUUUUUUUGUAUAUAGAGCUAUCGGUUGUGUGUGAAUUAAAUGGUUUGUUUUCUU